AUGAACAAGGCCGAGGCCAUGCGCGUCAACAGCCGCUCCACCGAGGUGCUCACGAUGGACCAGCUCAAGCCCCAGGAAGAGUGGGUCCAGGACGCCGAGCGCCACCGCUGCCACGUCUGCACGCGCAACUUUCACAACUUUCGACGCAAGCACCACUGCCGCGUGUGUGGCGAGGUUGUCUGCGGCAACUGCCUUCUCAAGAAGAUUGCCGAUCUGCCCGUGAAGGGCAAGACCGAAGUCAAGGUGUGCAUGUCGUGCAUCCUCAACCAGGCCGGCGGCGGCGGCAACCCGCAGGCACCGCCCAACGCGCGCAUGGACAACGGCCCCGACUCGCGCUACUCGGCGAAAACGGUGGACGCGAGUCCUAGCAUGGCCAAGAACUCGGAAUCGACGUACCGGUCGUCGCCGCCCGGCUCGUUUGUCGAGCAGCGCAGCUACGGGUCGGCGUACGACCCCAGUGCUGAGUACAACUACCCGCUCGACUUUAGCUGGGGCUACCCGUGGCCCAAGCCGCCGGUGCUCCAAGGCGAAGACGAGCGUCUCGCGGCCGUCCGGAGCUUUGACAUCCUCGACACGCCGCCCGAGGACGUCUUUGACAUUAUCUGCGACCUCGCAUCCAACGCGCUCAAGUGCCCGAUCGCAGUCGUCGCGCUCAUGGACAAGGACCGGCAGUGGUUUAAGGCGUCCGUGGGCCUCGCGCAGACGGAGAUUCCGCGCAACGUGUCGUUCUGCGCACACACGAUCAUCUCCAAGGAGCCGAUGGUGGUCCUGGAUACGCUCCAGGACAAGCGGUUUGCCAAGAACCCGCUGGUCACGGGCGCGGCCAGCAUCCGCUUCUACGCCGGGUCGCCCAUCAUUACGCCGUCGGGCCAGAUCCUCGGUACUGUCUUUGUGUUUGACAACCAGCCGCGCCACACGUGCGACCUCGCGACGCUUGAGAAGCUCUCGAACGUCGCGAUGAAAAACUUGGAAGACCGCAAGAACGCCGUCGCGGCCCCGCUCUCGUCCGGGCUACCGCCGGCGCCGACGGCGGUCGUCGUGAACGAGUCGGACGCCGCGGCGAUUGUCCCCGCCGGCUUUGCCAAGGCGGCGCAGGAGUCGCAGGACCUGGUCGUGCAAAAUGCGGGCGACGGCCAAGUGGUCGCGGGUCCCAAAAUGGAGACGAUGCUCAUGGAUUUGCUCUGUCGUACGACCGAGACGCAGCAGCAGCUCGCGACGCAGCAAGGCGCAAUGUUCCAGACAUUAGGCCAGCACACGGCGCAGAUCGACAAGCUCGCGGACGCGGUCAAGCGCAUGGAGGCCAAGCUCGAUGCACGCGAAGCUGAGUAA